AGGGCCUGCAAAGAUGCUGGCUGUCCCGGAGACCGGCCUACAGGGGCUGUACAUUGAAGCCUGAGACCCGAGCCCCACAGCAUCCACCCUUCUCUGUGGUGGUGGCAAUCGACUUUGGCACCACAUCCAGUGGCUACGCCUUCAGCUUUGCCAGCGACCCUGAAGCCAUCCACAUGAUGAGGAAAUGGGAGGGCGGAGACCCCGGUGUAGCCCACCAAAAGACGCCGACCUGCCUGCUGCUGACCCCAGAGGGCGCCUUUCACAGUUUUGGCUACACAGCCCGUGACUACUACCAUGAUUUGGACCCAGAGGAGGCCCGGGACUGGCUUUAUUUUGAAAAGUUCAAAAUGAAGAUACACAGUGCCACCGAUCUCACCUUGAAGACUCAGCUGGAGGCUGUUAAUGGAAAGAAAAUGCCCGCCCUGGAAGUGUUUGCCCAUGCCCUGCGAUUCUUCAAGGAGCAUGCCCUCCAGGAGCUGAGGGAGCAAUGCCCAUCGAUGCCUGAGAAGGACACGGUACGCUGGGUGCUGACCGUGCCCGCCAUCUGGAAGCAGCCGGCCAAGCAAUUCAUGCGGGAGGCUGCCUACCUGGCCGGCCUGGUGUCCCGAGAGAACGCUGAGCAGCUACUGAUUGCUCUGGAGCCGGAGGCCGCCUCUGUCUACUGCAGGAAGCUGCGUCUGCACCAGCUGGUGGACCUGAGCAGCCGCGCCCCGGGAGGAGGGCGUCUGGGCGAGCGCCGGUCCAUCGACUCCAGCUUCCGGCAGGCCCGCGAGCAGCUGCGAAGGUCGCGUCACAGCCGCACGUUCCUGGUGGAGUCGGGCGUCGGGGAGCUGUGGGCGGAGAUGCAAGCAGGAGAUCGCUACAUGGUGGCCGACUGCGGAGGAGGCACCGUGGACCUGACCGUGCACCAGCUGGAGCAGCCGCACGGCACCCUCAAGGAGCUCUACAAAGCCUCGGGCGGCCCCUAUGGCGCGGUGGGCGUGGACCUGGCCUUCGAGCAGCUGCUGGGCCGCAUCUUUGGCGAGGACUUCAUCGCUACGUUCAAAAGGCAACGGCCGGCCGCCUGGGUGGAUCUGACCAUUGCCUUCGAGGCCCGCAAACGCACCGCGGGCCCGCACCGCUCCGGGGCGCUCAACAUCUCCCUCCCCUUCUCCUUCAUCGACUUCUACCGCAAGCAGCGAGGCCACAACGUGGAGACUGCCCUGCGCAGGAGCAGCGUGAAUUUCGUGAAGUGGUCCUCCCAGGGGAUGCUCCGGAUGUCCUGCGAGGCCAUGAACGAACUCUUCCAGCCCACGGUCAGCGGGAUCAUACAGCAUAUCGAGGCCCUGCUGGCGCAGCCCGAGGUAGAAGGCGUGAAGCUGCUGUUCCUGGUGGGCGGUUUCGCCGAGUCGGCAGUGCUUCAGCACGCGGUGCAGGCGGCGCUGGGCGCCCAGGGCUUGCGCGUCGUCGUCCCGCACGACGUGGGCCUCACCAUCCUCAAGGGGGCCGUGCUCUUCGGUCAAGCGCCAGGGGUGGUGAGGGUGCGCCGCUCGCCCCUGACCUACGGCGUGGGAGUGCUCAACCGCUUCGUGGCCGGGCGCCACCCGCCCGACAAGCUGCUGGUUCGCGAUGGCCGCCGCUGGUGCACCGACGUCUUCGAGCGCUUCGUGGCCGCGGAGCAGUCGGUGGCGUUGGGCGAGGAGGUGCGGCGCAGCUACUGCCCUGCGCGCCCGGGCCAGCGGCGCGUCCUCAUCAACUUGUACUGCUGCGCCGCCGAGGACGCACGCUUCAUCACCGACCCUGGAGUGCGCAAGUGCGGCGCGCUCAGCCUGGAGCUCGAGCCGGCCGACUGCGGCCCCGACUCCACGGCGCCCCCUGGCCGCCGCGAGAUUCGCGCUGCCAUGCAGUUUGGCGACACGGAGAUCAAAGUCACAGCCGUCGACGUCAGCACCAAUCGCUCUGUGCGCGCAGCCAUCGACUUUCUUUCCAACUGAGAGCGCGCAGGGCUCGGCCCCACUCGCUGCCCUCUUUUGGUCUCGGAUCUGGAGAGUCGGCUGGCGCUGCCAAAUGCUUGUUCUGACGUCAGCGCUCCUUUUUCUGCCCUCUGCCCCCCCCCGGGGGGCAGGUAGAGGGAUGAGAUCUCAGGAGGAUGGGUGGGAACACCCCCAGAGAC